AUGUUGGCGACGGGGAGAGAGACGUCCGGGGCGACUGCGACUGCGACGGGGACGGAGGGGGUGGUUUCGGCGGAGGAGACGGGGUCUGGUUUAGAUUCAAAUUCGGGCUCAGACGCAGACUCAGACUCUGGGUCAGGGUCGUCAAAGGCUAAGAUCGCCGGGCCCGUCGUUAGCGGUCUCGCAGCAAUCGCAUUGAUCAUUAGCGCGGUUUGGUUCUUUCAAAGACGACAUCGACAGAGGCGUGACGCGGCGGACACUGGGGUGUUCAUCGCCGAAUUGCCGGAAAAAGGAGUCGACAAGGGAGAACUACCCGCGAGAGAACCAGCCGCCGUAGAGCUGUCUGCUGCUAAGGAACAGAAUCAGGUCCAUGAGCUCGCGUGA